GUUUAUCGUCGUGGGGUCUUAGCUGCUCAAGUGCAACCGACAACCAACAAACAGCCUGAGCCCAAGAAGCGGGAACCACCAUCCAUCAGUCGGCACCAGACCGUCUCCGUUGUUGGAUCAGACCGAAAGUGAACGUGAUCGAAAGUGGAAAAGUUAUCUCAAAUACUGCCGACUACCGUGCCAAGAGUGAGGUAAAAGCGAACACGCGCAGAACAAGCAGCGGAACAGAAGUGAUAGAAAUUCAAAUCAAACGAAUCGAAUCGGUUUGUUGGGGAAAAACAUAACGAAGAAGAAAGUGAAUUUUAUUGACGCGACUAGUGUUGAAUCUGUCGGACGGUGUAGCAGCACAGGAUAUAAAUCGGUGCCGGAUCAAUCGAGGAUUGUGAUACCCACCGGAGAGAAUUCCAUCACACCAUCAAAAUGCGACUACCACAGCUACUUUGUGGGGCAAUACUCAUCUGUGUCGUAUCUGCCCAGCAGCAGUACAAGGCCCAAACGGUCAGCAAUGUGCACAGUUCGGAGGAGGACACAUCGGAUGCGUCACCAGCGGCCAGCGGAAACGUAGCGUACCGGGCGCGUCCGUCCUACUCGGCCCAGUACAGUUCCGAAGAAGAGGAAGAGGAAGAACCUCAGCAGGUUUACAAUCGUCGUCAGCAUCAUGCUCAGCAGAACAGCAAAACUAACAAAAAACCGGCCGGUUACUCGAGUGAAGAACUCGAAGCCGAAGAAGAACCCGAUCGAUUGUCACUACUGUUGGAGAAAUCGGAUUUCCACUGCACGGGACGAACAACCGGAUACUAUGCGGACGAAAGUUUAGCCUGUGAAGUGUUCCACUAUUGCCAGGAAAACCAGAAACACUCGUGGAUUUGUCCGGAAGGAUUCACUUUCCACCAGGUGCAUCUAAUCUGUAUGCCACCGUCCAAUGAUAACAUCUGCGAGCAGUCGUCCAAGUAUCACUUCGUCAAUGACUAUCUCUACAAACCACUGAACAUGGAGGAACACAUGACAAAACCCAAUGUUACUCUGAGAUACUCGGAGCGAUACUAUCCGGAGAACUUCUACGUGGACGAACGUCACUACGAUUACGAACGUCAGCAGCGGAAUCAUGAGGAACGUCGUCAACCAGUACAACAGUCGAAGCCCCAGUCCUAUCAUGUUCCCCAGCAGCAAACCAUUCGGAAGCAACCGGUGUACAACAGCCCCACGACACCGUCCUACCGGAUAGUGUCCUCCCCGAGCCCAACUCAUCAGAGUGCGUUCCGCAAUCCAGAGGAAAUCAACAUUUCACUGCAGCAGAGAAGGCCGAGCUACGCACCAACCACCCAACGUUACGAUGAGGACGAAGAUUAUGGUAGCUACGAGCGGAAGUAGAACCCAAAUGGUCAAUUGGGGGUUCCAGGCGUAGCUCUAGGCAUAGCAGUACUACUACAGUAGGUUUUAGGGAUUAGGAAGAGCAAAGUUUGAGGUCUUUUGCCAUUACUGUGACACUAUCACUCUAUGUCUUCUGAUUGUAUAUCAGUGCUUUCUUUGUCAAUUUAACUCUUUUGUUUGUUCUACGUUUCACCUCGACCUCUCGGAAUCGUCCCCGCCGGGGACCUUUUCCGUACAGCUGCAUUCACGGGGGUGACCAUUUUGUUAAUAUUUAGAUACUAAUAUGGUUUGAAUAAAAGUUUAAUUUUAUUAUUUA